GCGUUCGGAUUUGCACGUAAAUGUACGCCCGAUUUAUGACCCCAACGGCUUGCCAUAGYCUSGCGCAAACACAACYGUAGCAGUACGUGACUACAUCGAAAGUGGAUGACAAAGAAGAAAAUAAAUACAUACGCAGAGGAGUGUCCAGGGUUGAGGAGGACCCGCAAUGUUGAACCCAACCAACGGUGACCAGAGGCAUGUAGAUGUGAAUUAUGUGGAGGAGUACCUGGAGCUGGUGGAGUAUCUACCUCUUGACUUGCAGAGGAGUGUAUCCAUCAUGAGGGAAAUUGAUGCCAAGUAUCAAGAUGUUCUCAAGGAGCUUGAGGAUGCGUAUGAACGGUAUCGCCGUGARUCUGACUCACCUCAGAGGGGCAAGCUUCAGUCGUCCAUUCAGAGGGCACUGAUCCGCAGCCAGGAGCUUGGCGAUGAAAAGAUACGGAUUGCUGGUCAAAUGGUGGAGUUGGUUGAGAACCGAACACGACAAAUAGACUGCCAUUCAGAACUCCUCCUCUCAUCUCAAGAAGUCCCAGAAAGCCUCGUUACCAUGACACCACCUCUGACUUCCACUGCAGCAUCCUUGAUGUCGUCUUCGUCAGCCACGGUCACACCGGGGAAAUCGGGCCACCAAGACAAGGUCGCACCGGGUUCAGCUGGAACAGACAAAUCCGGAGGGAAACGUUCAAGGCGACAGAAAAACGGGGAAAAUCGUGAAUGUUACGGGGGUCUGGACCAUGCCGACGAUGUGGGCGCAUCUCGGGAAAAGAGGGCCAAAACGUCUUCCAAGAAGAAGAAAAGGUCUAAAGGAAAGUCGGAGCGGGAGGUGUCGCCUCCCGACCUGCCCAUCGAUCCGGACGAGCCGACGUACUGCCUGUGUGAGCAGGUGUCCUACGGCGAGAUGAUCGGCUGCGAUAACGACGAAUGCCCCAUUGAGUGGUUCCACUUCUCCUGCGUCGGGCUCAACCAUAAGCCCAAAGGCAAGUGGUACUGCCCCAAGUGUCGAGGUGAGAAUGAAAAGACUAUAGACAAGGCUCUGGAGAGGGCUAAAAAGGAGAGAGCCUACAACAGGUAGCUCGCUCUGCAUGGCUCAGUGAACUCUUAAAAAAUUAUGUUUUGCAUUUAUGAGGAUUCUUGUGGUUAUUUUUGUAACUGCUGCAGAAAGGAGAAACAUCUGUGUGGUUUAGAAAGAAUUAGUAAAAACUGGAAUGGAGCAUGUUUCUGAAGUUCUGCGCUUAAUCUCCCUCUUUGUUUAUCAUUCAUGCUGUGUUGCGUGUUCAAUAUAUCUUCUUGUUUAACAAAUAAAAUUUUUAGUGGAACGUAUUA